AACAAAAUGGCGGCCGGCAGUGUGAGGUGUUGGCACUAACUGAAUGGCUCGUUCCUGGCUCGAUUAGUUCUCGCUGUUUAUUAAACCCCGGCUGUAGCGAUGAGGGCGUGUUCGAGACUCUGACGGGCUGUAACUGUAACUCGGGGACUUUGGGCGGUUGUUGUUGUUGCGGUUGAUGAUGGCGCUGGUCUAUGAGCUGCUGUGGCGGGUUCUGCACGGCUUCCUGCAGCUCCAGCGCGCGGCGGUGUCCUGGUUCCAGGCGCGCGCGUGGAAGCGCACCUGGCUGCUAUGGAGACGAGCGGCGGCGGCUGUGCUGCUCCCGUUAGCGCUCGGCUUUGCUAAUCAGAAGAAGCUCGGAGCCGCGGCGGGGAAGCGACCGGGCCGCCGGUGUCGGGUGCUGUCGGACGGUAAGGCUCUGGAGAAGCUCCCGCUGCACGUCGGGCUGCUGGUCGCGGAGGAGGAGGCGCAGUUCACCGACAUCGCUAACCUGGUGGUGUGGUGUAUGGCGCUGGGCAUCUCUUAUGUCAGCGUGUAUGAUAACGAAGGUGUGUUCAGGAGGAACAACUCCAGACUGAUGGAGGAGAUCGUGAAGCAGCAGAAGGCUCUGGGUUCAGAAAGCUGCAAGUACUCCUCAGCCGAGUUCCUGAGUAAAGGCACAGGCACACAGGAACAAGUGUCAUGGUGCCAGACGGUGGUAAAAGUCUUGUCUCCAGAUGACGGGAAGUUCAGUAUCGUGCGAGCAGCGCAGCAGCUGUGUAAGGCCGUGGAGCAGAAAGAGAGCACGUCCAAAGACAUCAACGUCACUGUGCUGGACUCUUUACUGCGAGAGUCAAAGAACUUUCCAGACCCCGAGUUGGUGCUGAAGUUUGGCCCAGUAGAGAGCACGCUCGGCUUCCUGCCCUGGCACAUCAGACUAACAGAGUUCAUCUCUUUGCCUUCCCAUAAAGACGUCUCGUACGACGAGUUCCUCUGCGCUCUUCAGCGUUACGCAGCCUGCGAGCAGCGACUGGGGAAGUGAGCGAGCCGUCCAUCCAAAAAUCCCAGACUGAAAGAAUUCAUGAGAGAGACUCCCUUUCCCCUCUCUUUCUUUCUCUCUCUUGCUUUCUUUCUCUCUCUCUAUGUUUACAAAAGAUGCAGCUGAGUAUCAGCAUCCCGAUGCCACAUCAGCAUCUCUCCUUCACAGCACACAGCCUGGUUCUGACCCUGUGCACCAAGGCUCUGUGUGAGUGAAUGAGUAAAUACGUGUAUCUGUAAGUGUGUGUGUGUGUGUGUGUGAGAGCCUGCCCUGCUGCUGCAUAUACACAGAGCAGAACUUCUACUCAUCCAGAGACACGGUUAGCAAAAUGGUGUAAGUUUCAGCAUCGCACUUCGUCCCAUUUUGUCCUCUUGGUGGGUGGGUGUGUCUGUAUAAGCGCUGUAGUGUGGGCCGCUGAACCAGCAGCACCGAGCACUGACAAACGGGAAUGAUACGAUGACAAAAUCCAGUCAUCCAUCACAACAUUUCAGCAGCAUGCAUCACAAGGAAACUCAUUAAUGACUUAGAAAUGAUCUACUGCAGUCGGAAUGAAUUGUGAACGAUGUGAACGUGUGGGUGAAGUAUUUUAAAUGUAAACGUGUGUGUGUGAGAAAGAGUUCCGGGCACUGAUUGUAUUCAAAAAAACUUGACUUUGAUUUACAGUUGAUAGCAAAAUUGUUUUGAUGUACCUUUUUUUUUUUUAAAAAUCCGUCAUAUUUCUGUUAAUGCUCCGUCCAACUUCUUAAGUUGAUUUUUUUUUCCCCAUUAUUCAUUUUUUUCAAUAAAGGGAUCCUCAUGUAGAUUUAUUCUAAAGCUUAUUUUAAGUAAAAGUAGU